GGCUAUGACGGCUUUGAGGGCUAGAACCGUUCUCAGAGCUGGGACCGUUUCAAGCCUGGAGGUUUCAAGGUUAUCGCUCUCUGCAUAAAGCAAUGCAUAAAUGCACAAUGGCCGUUUCAUAGUCACCUGACUGAUAGCUGGCUGGUGCCAGCCUGAGAUAAAGCGGCAAAUGCGCUAAACCUAGUUCGUUGCAUACUUGGCAUUUGGUAAAACCUCGUACCGACUAUGAUUAUUGACAAAACCACCUAUUCGACAUCGUGAUUUAUUGAGCAUCGAAGCUCACCACCUCGCCAGCGAAUAUCCUACAUAGUGCUUUACGGCCUCGUAUCUAUCGAACCUCUCGAACCUUCAUAACGAUCAAAUUCAACCGGAGCGCGCAUUUCGAUUAACAGACAAACGCGCCACAUGUCUGAAGAGACAGCACUUGUCCCGGCGCAAUCAGGCGAAGUUGCUGCGCCGGCGCCUAAGAAAGUGAAACGAAUCAUCAGGAAGAAAAGGCCGGCACGUCCCCAAUGCGACUCAACUGCAAAAUCAGAACCUCCACCACAAACCGGAGUUGUCUAUAACGUUUGGUACAAUAAAUGGAGCGGAGGGGAUCGCGAAGACAAUAUUGCCACCGCCGCGAAAGGCCGCUGCAAUAUCCAGAACGAUUCGGGAUACACCAGAGCUGAUAAGGUCGCUGGCUCAUAUUUUUGUCUUUUCUUUGCGAGAGGCAUUUGUCCCAAUGGACAAGACUGUCAAUAUCUGCACCGAUUGCCAGGAUUGCAUGACCUUUUCAAUCCAAAUGUAGACUGCUUUGGCAGAGAUAGGCACUCAGAUUACAGAGACGACAUGGGGGGUGUAGGUUCUUUUAUGCGAACUAACAGAACCAUAUAUGUGGGAAGAAUACAUGUCACUGAUGACAUAGAGGAAAUCGUGAGCCGACAUUUUGCGGAAUGGGGACAAAUUGAACGUGUCCGAGUACUCAACACCCGCGGAGUUGCGUUUAUUACAUAUACGAACGAGGCCAACGCGCAAUUUGCUAAGGAAGCCAUGGCACACCAGUCACUCGACCACAACGAGAUCCUCAACGUGCGGUGGGCAACCGCAGACCCUAACCCUAUGGCUCAAGCAAGAGAAGCGAGACGGAUUGAAGAGCAAGCCGCAGAGGCUAUACGCAGGGCGUUGCCAGCCGAGUUCGUUGCUCAGAUCGAAGGUCGAGAUCCUGAGGCUAGGAAACGGAGAAAGAUUGAGAGUGGCUUUGGCCUCGAAGGAUAUGAGGCUCCAGAUGAUAUCUACUUUGCUCGGGGUGCGCAGGCCGUUAAUCCAAUAGGGCGACAAGGCUAUGAGUUGGAGCAUGAGCAACGAUUAAUGAUUGAAGGUGGCGAAGGUGGUGAGGCUGGCAAUACUGAUAGUAAUGCUGUGCCGGGGGAAAUAGUACAGCAAGGGGAAACUCAGUCAAAUGGGAUAUUGUCAAGCAGUACAUUGGCAGCCCUGAAGACUGCCAAAGUUACGGCGGCUCCAAAGGAAAAGGCGGCGAUGCCUUCAGGGCCGUUGGUGAAUUACGGUAGCGAUAGUGACGACGAUGAAUAAGUAGAACCUACCUGUUAUGUUCUAUCAAUAUAUACCCCCAAGGUCGUUACAUGGUAAUCAUUUUCCCC